AUGCUAAGCUCUAAGGUGCCCAGGCAGCUUGUAAGACGGAAUCUUUUGAAAAAUAUUGGUAUUGGCCCAAAUUUUUCAAGAUCAAUCCAAAAUCCUGUCUUUUUGAGAUAUUACUCUAAUAAAUCACCAUUUCCAUUAAAUCCUAAAGAACUACAAGAAAAGAAAAACUUAGAGAAGCUUCCUAAAUGGCGUCAAUGGGGUAUAUAUUUCCAAUCCAAAGAGUUUAAGAAAGGGAUGACUGUGUACUAUAUUUCUGCGUUCGUGAUUUUUAUGGCUUGUUUUUACUACUAUAUGCGGGAUAGAUAUUAUGAAGAUAUACAAAUGAAGCAUAUAAGAAAAAAAUAUACUGAAGAUCCAUCAAGUUUAUCAGAAUAUGAGUAUUUGAAAUUGAAGGCACUCAGUAAUGAUAAGUUGAAACCAAGAGAAGAGAAAAAAUUUCGUAUAUAUCAAAUGAUGAGAAAGGAAUACAGAAGAAAGAAUUUGUUUGACAAGGAUUCUAUGUUUGAGCCCACUCCUGAAGAUUUAGAAGAGUGGUAUAGCAAACAAGCUGUCAGGAGCGUCAAAAAAAUUCCAACUAUUGAAAAAGAGGGCGAAAAUGAAAUGAAUGAACCUGAACCAUAUAAGAAUUUCAAUAACCCAAACAUUGUCCCUGGUCAAAAUACGACUGAAUUCUUUGAACAAAUUGCCAAGGAAUAUGAUGAUCAAAUAAAAUGGGAAGAAAGGGGGAUGUUUUUGGGUAAGCGUCGUAGAUGGUUAAUGAAGCAAUUGAGGGGUGAUGUGUUGGAAGUUGCCUGUGGAACUGGUAGAAAUAUACCUUAUUUGUAUCCUGAAAAUAUUGACUCAAUAACAUUCUUAGAUUCCUCUCAAGAAAUGGUGAACAUAACACAAAAAAAGUUCAGGAAGAGCUACCCAAAAUACCAAAAGGCAGCAUUCACAGUCGGAAAAGCUGAAGAUUUAGUUGAACUUGCAGGUGGAGAUAAGCCCGUUCAGUACGAUACAAUUGUAGAAGCAUUUGGCUUGUGUGCGCAUGAAGAUCCAGCCAAAGCAUUGAAGAAUAUGUCGAAAUUAUUAAGGCCAGGAGGGAGAAUAGUUUUACUUGAACAUGGUAGAAGUAAUUGGGAUUUCAUUAAUAACCAUUUAGAUUUUAGGUCUGAUAAAAGGAUGAAAACAUGGGCCUGUAGAUGGAAUUUAGACAUUGGGGAAUUAAUUGAUGAUGCCGGUUUGGAUAUUACUUACGAAAAGAGGGUUCAUUUAGGUUCCACUUGGUUAUUGGUUUGUAAAAGACCGGAGGAUCCAAUUAAAAUUGAAGAAAAACCAUUUUUGAAUAAAUUAUUUGGUACUGAAGUAACUCCAAUUAAAAAGAAAUAA